GAUAUUCAGGAGCUGCUGGCAGCCUGGGCGCAGCACCUGAAGGAAGCUCAGCGCAUCUUCCUCCGUGCUCCUCGUCACAACCGUGCAUUGCUCUUUGGCGGCAAGAACCCGCCCCUCACCUGGGGCGACCCUCGUGUCUGCCACAUCCCCCUGAGUACCCGCAGAGCCACCCUGCGAGAGGUGCUGCGAGUCCAUGCUGUGCUGGCCAGUCUGCAGGUGUAUGGGAAGGACACGCCGCUGGAGGACAUUACUGGGUCCCCCCAGAAGGGCUGGCAGAAGAGGCGGCGAAAAGCAGAGAUGGAACCCCCACAGGAAGACACACAUGCCCCUGUCUUAUCACCUCUCUCAGCCCCAGAAGAGGAAGAGGAGGAUGAGGAGGGAAGCCCUGCAGGUGAACUGGAGACCGUGGAAGUGACUCUGGGGACCUUGCACCUGCAGGAGUUUGAAGCAAUGCCCAAGCGAAACCGCAAGAAAAGGAAGAAGAGGGACAAGAAGGUGGAGAAAGGGCCCCGUGCCGAAGAGACGGGAAGCUGCGGUACCCGGUGCGGGCAGCCUGGCCUGGAGCUGGCGAUAGAGCUGCAGGGGGAGGCAGGGACUGAGCCACUCCCCUGGGGAGAUGGAGGAGAUCCUCGGACCCAGCUCCGUGACGCCCUGUUCACCGCCUGCAAAACAGGGGAUGUGGGGAUGCUGCGGCACCUCUUGAGCAUGCCAGAGAGCGGGGACCUGCUUGAGGACGAGGAGGGCACACGGCCCCUGGAUAUGCCCUGCUCCCUGCUCAGCCAGCCUGUAGAUGAGCAUGGCUGCACCCUGCUUCAUGUGGCAGCUCAGGCGGGGAAGGCCGAGGCCGUGUCCCUGCUGCUGGAGGCAGGGGUGGACCCUGCCCUCAGAGACGGGCAGGACAGGACCCCCUACUGCGUCUCUGCUGACAAACCAACGCGCAAUGCCUUCCGUAAGUUCAUGGUGGACCACCCAGACAAGUAUGACUACAGCCGUGCCAAGGUGCCGGGGCCGCUGACGCAGGAGAUGGAGGCCAGGAAGCUGGAGAAGAAGCGGGCACAGAAAGCCCAGCGGAAGCAGCGGGAGCAGGCGCAGCGGGAGGAGCGGCAGCGCUGCCGCUGCUGGCAUUGUGGAGAGUCUCUGCUGGGUCGGAUCCCUUUCCAUUAUCUCGACUUCUCCUUCUGCUCCACGGCUUGCCUGCAAACCCACCGCCGGGCACAGGCCAGCCACACGUAA